GCAAAGCAUUGUCUAGAGAUAUGGCACUGAAGGUAGCACUUUAUGUUGUGUUGAUAUCGACAAUGGCUCUUCACAACAAUCUUGGAGCAAGAGGUGAAGACCUAAUACAUCAUGACGGUCCUCUUCCAAAAGUUGAAGGCUUGAGUGAAACCAGAAGGAUCCUCCGCAAAGUUCCUACUGGCCCAAACCGACGACACAAUUUUAAAUCUCCUCCUCCUCAAAUAGCUAAAGGUUGGAGUGGAACCGUUGGGAUCCUCCAUGAAGUUCCUAGUGGCCCAAACCCGAUACAGAAUCUUAUUGCUCCUCCUCCUCAAAUAGCUGAAGGUUGGAGUGGAACCGUUAGGAUCCUCCAUAAAGUUCCUACUGGCCCAAACCCACUACAUAAUUUUAUAUCUCCUCCUCCUCAAAUAGCUAAAGGUUGGAGUGGAACUUUUGGGAUCCUCCAUCAAGUUCCUAGUGGCCCAAACUCGAUACAGAAUCCUAUUGCUCCUUCUCCUCAAAGAGCUGAAGGUUGGAGUGGAACCAUUGGGAUCCUCCAGGAAGUUUCUAGUGGCCCAAACCCGAUACAGAAUCCUAUUCCUCCAACAGGCGGAGGUGGGGGUGGAACCAAUGGAAUAGUUCCUACUGGUCCAAAGUCGCUACACAUUAAAACUUCUCCGACUGCUAGAGAUGGGGGUGCAACCAAUGGGAUCUUGCAAGCUAGUCCUUGAGGCUGCGACUUAAAUCAUCAUCCUCUUUCAAAUAAUCAAAAUGCUGCUAUAUGCUCGCAUGAAGUGAUGCAUAAUAACGAAAGCUGUUGCAAGCUUUUGGUUGGUGUAUGCUAAAAAGGCUUAUAAAGGAUACAUUUCAACUUUUUCUGUUCUUCCUUCCUGAUUGAAAACUC